AUGUCGUUUAGAGAGUCCCUAGCCUGCGGCCUACAGAAGUGUGUCGGAAACCUGUGGAAGGGCGAUGAUUACAGUGACUUUAUCGUUAUUGUUGAGAAUACUUCAUUCAAGUGUCACCGCUUCAUUCUCAGUGCAUGCUCCGGGUUCUUCCAGGGCCUGUUCAAGUCGCCAAUGAAGGAACAAACUGAAGGUUGCGCUAAACUUGAGGGGAUGACCUCUAGCACAUUUGAUAUAAUCAUCAAUGCUGUGUAUAAAGGUAUAGAUGGACUCAGCAUCGACAAUGUUUUAGGCGUAUGGGCAGCUUCAGAAAUGCUGCAGAUUGGUUACUUAAUUCAACAGUGUCAUAUGUUUGUUAUGGAAAACAUUUCUGUUGACAAUUAUUUCCUUUACUUCAAGCAUGCAAAAUUGUAUUCUGCAGAAGAUGUGGUAGAUCAUUGUCUGAAUUUUAUGUCCAGAAACUUUAAACAAUUCAAGGAUGAAGACAAUCUUCUUCAUUUACCCUUUGACCAGUUUUACAAAGUAAUUGCGGAUGAUGAUUUAGCAGCCGACCAUGAAGAGAUAGUUGUUGAUACCAUCUUGAAUUGGGUAAAAUAUGCCCCACCAUCCAGACAAACUACAUCUCUGAAUACUGGAAACAACACUGUGGGUAUCAGUUUUACGAAUGCUGAACACCCCGAUGGUGAUUUCUCAUCAAACAGUUUGUCCAACAAUGGAAAUAACGACGAUACAGAUGAUCAGACCAUUGUAACAUGUGACGUAACAUCUGAAAACAUGCAGGCAUGUUCACAGAUGACAGUAACCAGAGACAGCAUCGAUUCGUCUGCUGUCAUACCUGUGCAUUACAAAAAUGUCAGCAAAUGUCUUGGUACUGAUGUCACCGAAAGAGAAAAUCGAAAACAAUAUCUUGUUCAACUGUUGUCUGCUUGUAGAUUGUUUACAAUAAAAUCCGGCUUUUUUGACAAUGUAAUGAAGAAUGACGUACGCCUAUUGGUAGAUACAAGAGCAUACGCAUUGAUGCAUGAAGCUCUGAUGUAUACCUUGGAUGUCAGCCGUCGCCAUGACGCGUGGCCUGAUGCAGCUGUAUAUAGGGCUUCCAGCUCUUUCAAACACGUCAUGGUGUUUUUAUCUGGUGACAAAAUAGUGUCCUAUGUUUUGGACACUGGCAAAGUUGCUGAAUUAGCUGAACUCCCACAGGAGUGUAAAUCCUGCAGUUCGUUUGCUAUUGUUAUAUUUGAUAGUAUUUUACAUCUACUGUGUAGUAAUAGUAUAUGCCAAAAUAGUGAACUGUACAUGCUUGCAAAGGAGAAAACUUGGGUAAAAGUAAAUAGUAUAAAUGAAAACAGAUUUGUAAUAUUGCUACCACAUGGUAAUAAUAUUUACUGCUGUUGCCUGGAUGAUAGUUGUUUUCAUCGGCGAGUAGUUAAAUCCAUGCUUUAUCGUUUCUGCUGUGUUCAUGGACAUACCUCUGAUUGGUCACAAUGUGGUGAACUUCACGGCUGUGUAAACUGCCUUCUUAGAUUCCAUAAGUACAUACUAGUAUUUAGCACGAAAAAUAAUGUCACAGCUGUUGAGUACUACAACACAGAAACAGAGGAAAUUCAUAGCUGUGAAACAUCAAUGAGCGGAACAUCACAGGAUAUGGUUAGUUUUAAUCACAAAGAAGAUGUUUACAUCUUACAGAGGAAUGGGUCCUUGUGGAAACUAUUCAACACAGAUACGACUCCUGUAGACUUUGAGCUGGUCUCUAAGCUCUGGGACUUCGACUGUAGCCUCAAAGGUUGUGUGCUCUAUAAACAGAUACUGUUCAUUUUUUGUAACAAUAAACAGUUUGAGUUAACAUUAACAUCACUGCCUGGGAUUUUCAAAAGCAUUCAAACGAUAAGCAUCGAUAGCAAAACACCCUGUUUACCGAUGACACUAAAGCUGGCUUUAUAA